GGAAGUAGGCUGGGCUUUCACUAUGUGUUCCUUUAAAACGAAACUGAUUUCUGUAAGAGUUCAUUUGGUGUGUAAACAUGGCAGAAGCUAAUAUUUUACUAAGUGAAAAUGAGUUCUGUUGUUCAAUCUGUUUGGAUUUGUUGAGGGAUCCAGUGACUUUAGCUUGUGGACACAGUUUCUGCAUGUCCUGCAUUACCAGUAGCUGGGAUCAGCAGCUAGUGAUCUGCAGUUGUCCACAAUGCAGAGAGAGCUUUGAAACAAGGCCUGCUCUCCGCAGGAACAACAUGCUGGCUGGCGUAGUUGAGAAACUACGAAAAACUGGAUCACAGCUCUUUGACCAAUGUUAUGCCAAACCUGGAGAUGUGGAGUGUGAUAUCUGUACUGGAAUUAAAUGCAAGGCAGUCAAAUCCUGCCUGGUGUGUCUGGCAUCGUACUGUGAAAAUCAUUUUCGACCUCACAAAGAAUCUUCUGCGUUGAUGAAGCACAAUGUGAUCGAAGCCUCUUCAAAACUGCAAGAGAAAAUGUGCCCACAGCAUGGGAAACUUCUGGAAGUAUUCUGUCGUACAGAUCAGAAAUGCAUUUGCUAUCUGUGUACCUUGGAUGAGCACUCUAAUCAUCGUACAGUCUCACUUGUAGCUGAGAGAGCAGAGAAAGAGAAACUGGUAGUUGAGACCCAGAACAGCUACACACAAAGAAUUCUGGAGAGAGGGGACUGUGCAGAGCUGGUGAACACUUUGGAGUCACUCAAGCAUUCUGCACAAACAGCAGUAGAUGAGACUGAGAGGAUGUUUCGAGAGCUUAUUCAGUCUAUUGAGAAAAAAUGUUCUGAGGUGACAAAUCAGAUCAGAGCUCAGGAAGAUGUUCAACAGAAUCACACCAAAGAACACAUGAAACAUGUGAAGCAGGAGCUAGCUGAGCUCAAGAGUAAAAAGGAAGAACUUGAGCAACUCUCACAGACAAAGGAUAACAUCCUGUACUUCCAGAUUUUCCAGUCAUUCCAUGAUCUCAGUCUACCUGCAGCCAUUUCCAGGGUAAACAUUAGUAAGUCACAGUCAUAUGAGGGUGUAAAGAUAUUUGUCCAUAAAAUUAAAGAGCAGAUAGAAAGUGCCAACUUCCAUCUCGAUUCAUCCUCUCAAGUGGACAGUCACCAAAUGACUUCUCAGAACUCCAAGGAUGAACAGCAUCCCCAACCAAACAUCAAGAACAUUCCUAACUCUGAUUUUAAGCUUUGUAAUGCUACCUUAACCACAUCCAGGCCAAAAAUAAGAAUAGUUUCUGCCACUUCUGAUGAAUCCCAAACCACAUCUGAAUUACUAUGCCAGUUGCGUGAAAUAAAAAUUAAACCAAAGCCACUUGUCUUUGCCACCCCUGCCAAGACUCCUGAUGUAUCCCAAACUACAUCCAAAUUUGCAUCAACAUCUAACACUCAAACCCAAUCGACAUUUAAAGCUAAUACACAGCCUAUUUUUACUUUAGAACCCACACCUGCUACUCCAUUUCAAUUAACAUUUGGAAAAACCCCAAUACCCAAAUUCCUUGCAUCUUGUUCAACACAGUCGCCAUCUGUAAUUGAGAUGCCCCGCAAAGCUGACACUGAUUCACAAUCUAUAAUUAAGCUAAAAAAAAAAAAGCUACACAAACCUAAUGUGUCUUUGACUUCUGAACCACACAUAAAAGGAAAAGGAGAAUACAGUUGAUUUUAAAAUGAAGUAAGUAAAUACAGAAAUAAACUAAAUAAAGUAAAUGCAGAAAAAAACUAAGUGCCGUUAUUUAAUCACAUCAUUUUGCACUGAAAUUUUGUACAUUUAUUUGUUUAUUAAUUCUUUUAUGCAUGUAUUCACUUGAUUUCUUUUUUUUUUCUUUUUUUUUUUUUAAUUUAGGAUACCUCACACUAAUUCCUGAUCUAUAACUGUUUUCAAAACAAACCAAAACUUCUGAACCAAAUAUAAAAGAAAAGAAUAAAAUAUAAGUAAGUUUACAAUGCUUUUUUUUUUUUUUUUAAGACUUUCAAAUCCAUGUUUUACAUUUGCAAACUGGCACAGCUUCUAGUGUUAUUUAAACUCUUGUCUUUGAAACUUUCUGUAAGAUGUUGAGCUGGAAUUUUAAAGAGCUUCUGCUUUGUACUUUCCAGCUGAACCCAACACUUAUUGGUUGGUAGGAAUCAUGCAGUGAAGUGAUGGGUGUCUGAACUCUGCCAUUAUUGGGGUGAUAAAACUGUAUAGUAUAUAACUAGAUAGAAAUGACAAUUUGUGCAUUUAAUUAUUACUAAUAAUGGGUGCUGAAAUACUCUACAUAACAUACAUGGAAGUGUUUGGGUUUUUUUGGUCAGGUGAGGCUAUUUGUUUGUUUAUGGAAGUUGAUCACAAGAUUGUUAUUUAGGCUAUGGCAAAUAAAAAUAAUGAAAACAUA